CAUCAUCUUCUCUCAGAUCAUGGCAGAAACUCACUUUCCCUUGUAUACGCUAAUCGGACCCUUUGCUUUCAUCUUCUUUGCCUCUUCUGUCGCUCAACUUACAGAUGACUUAUCGACGCCCAAAUUUGCUUUUAGUUGGUUGGAUGAUAAGAACGAGUUCCAAGCUGGUGAUACUGCUACUGUAAAGAUUAAAGUACUUGGAAACUUCAACAAUGGAGGGAAUGCCUCGCUUGACAAAAGUGCUUUCAAGCCUACGUUUACAGUUAAAGGAAAAAUGGGGAACAGUUCUUAUGUGUCUGGGGUUUUUCUGGAUGUUAAUGGGGACCCUAGUACUUGGAGGAUUCUCUUCACUCCCAUCCUUGUUGGGAUCUUUAAUGUGCUUAUUAGUGAUGAGAGGUUCAAAGUCCUGGAUUCAUCCCUCCAUUUUGAAGUCGAAGCAGGGCAAAUGUAUCCAUCUGUUUGCAUUGCUUCUUGGAUGGGUCUCCUUAAUGAGUUUGAAGUGGGGAAAAAUGCUACAGUUUUGAUUCUUCCUAAGGAUGCAUUUGGAAAUAACAUUUCUUUGGCUGUAAAAGAGGCGAGUUCUUACAAUUAUUCAGUUUAUGCAUUGUAUGAAAAUGGAUCAGUUGCAAGCACUCUGAACAUUACCUACAUGAGUUGGAAUGAUUUUGGAUAUAUUGUUGUUAAGUUUAUUAUCUUGGAAGCUGGAAACUUUUUAUUGCAUGUGGAAGGGGACAACCAAGUCCUGAAUGGUGCUCCACUGCCCUUCAAGGUGAAUCCAGGACCUUUGGAUGUUUCCAAUUGUGUGGCUAGAUGGAAUUUUGAGAUGAAUGAAUGGCAGAUAUUUUCCAAGAUGGAAGUAUUUCUACACCAGCAAGAUCAAUAUGGGAACCUCGUUCCAGGAUUAUAUGAAUUUGAUGCUGAUGUUAUCGAGAAGGGGACAAACCUUUCAAUACCUAUAGCAGAUUUGCAAUUUGAAGAGGUAAAGCCAGGAAUUCAGUUGUUUUCUUUCAGCUUGCUGGAGCCGGGGAGCUUCUUGCUCACAGUUUCUGAUGCGAAGCAUAACAAGAGCAUCUCCAAUAUGCCAUUUGCUUAUACUGUUUAUGUAGGUUACUGCAAUGGGUCUACCAGUGUUGUCAAUGGUUCAGGUCUAAAUGGUUCUAUUUCUGGGCAAACUUCAGCAUUCUCAGUUUACCUGAAUGAUGCUUUUCUCUAUCCUUGUCCAAUUGAACUAAAAAAACUUCAAGUCCAAAUUAUGAGAGAAAAUGAUUCAUAUUUUUUACAGCCAAGCAUACAUCCACGAGACAUUGGCAACGGAAGUGGAUCAACUGGAGAAUUACAUGCUAGCACUAUCAGCCAGAUUGAACCUGCACCUUUGCCAUCUGUUGGACUGAGAAACACGACGUCUUCAGGUAGAGAGAAGUUUCAAUCCAGUGCUUUUAACGUCAUAUAUACUCCAGAGAAGAGUGGAAUUUAUAAAAUUCAUGUAUUUUGUGGAAAUAUACUUCUUAAUGGUGGUCUUCCUUUCACCUGGAGCAUUCUUGUAGGUAUGGUUAACAUAUCACUGUCAAGAGUUGUAAAAUUUUCGGAGAAAGUGCCAAAGCUCAUUAAGAACGAAAUAGUGGUGCAGCUUGUUGACUCAUUUUCUAAUCCUAUGCCUUUACAACAGUUGAGACUAAAGCUAGAGAUUGCAUCGGUAAACAGGUCUGGUUUUUCAAGUUGGAUGUUUUUGGAUAAUGGAGAUGGGAUAUACACUGGUAGCUACCUUGCCGAGGAUGUAGGAACCUAUGAGAUGUGUGUUUCAUUUGAUGGCAAAUAUUUCUUACAUUGCCCAUUUGGAGUUAACGUGUAUAGUAGUGAAUAUUUUCCAAAAGCUUAUGAUGAUACGGUAUCUGUUUGGGAGGAUGAGUCAAUUGCUUUUGAUGCUCUAGCAAAUGACUACUUUGCGGGUGACAAUGCAAGUAUUGUUGAAUUCUCGAAACCAGGUCAUGGUUCACUUCUCCAAUAUGGAAGGCUCCUUAGAUAUACUCCUCACAAACAUUUUUCUGGGAAAGACUCUUUUUUGUACACAAUAUCUGAUGUAAACAGGAACCUCGCUACUGCCACCGUAAACAUUUCUAUUCUUACUGCCCCACCACAAUUUGUUUCCUUCCCAAGUGGAUUGCAAGCAACAGAGGAUCUGAUUAGUCCUAGAUUUGGUGGCUUUUCUGGGUUUGAGAUUAGGUACUCAGAUAAGAAAGAGAACAUUUCAGUAACUGUCAAGGCAGUCUCUGGUACAGUCUUUUUGUCUCCUAUGCUAAUGCAAUUUUGGCAGCCAAUAUGGAGAGGAUUAUCAGUAAAGAAAGGAGGAGAAGAAGCAGAGCAUUUGAUCUUGGAGGGCCAUGUAGAAGUAAUCAAUUUUGCUCUUCGGUCUAUUCAAUAUCUUGGAAAUGAGAACUUUUCUGGCGUCGAUGCAAUUCAAGUUUCUACCAGGAACACAAAUGGAAUAAACAAACUUGACGUCCCGGUUUUUGUUGAACCUAUCAAUGAUCCUCCAUUUAUUUGUGCUCCGGAAUCUAUUCUAUUGGGAGAAAAUGGAGAUAAAUCACUGAUCUUUGAUAGUGAAAAGGACAACUUUGAGUUCUUUGUUGGGGAUCCAGAUCUUCCCAACUUUCCUGGGGGUGAAUCUUUCUUCUUAGUUACAUUGUCUGUGGAAGUUAGUGAUGGGUUUCUGCAAACCAGUCUACCAGCAGAACUUAUUAAUUCAACCGAAUUGAAGGUAAAGACCAGCUACCAGUGGCAACCACUGCAGACAUAUGUUAGUAUCUCCAGACAUUUUAUGAUCAAAGCCACUGGAAUAAGAUUCCAUGCAACUAUUAGUCAAUGCAACAGUGUUAUUCAGAACCUUCUAUAUCAUGGUGGAGAACAUGGCGCUGUUUUAACAGUGAAAUUAAGUGAUAUGGGGUACUACGGAUGCUACUUAGAUUGCAAGGAAAGUACAUCUAUGCCUUUACAUGCCAGGGCUACUAUAAAUCUGAUCAAAAGAAGGCCAAUGAGUUCACUUGAAGCUCAUACACUAGGUUCAGCUGUUGUCAUUGAAUCUCUUGUGGUGCUUUUGCUUGGAUUACUGCUUCUUUUCUUUACAUGCAAAUGUGCAUUUCUUCUUGUGAAUGAAAGGAGAAGAUGCGAUGGCAAGAAAUCUCGGCUAUUUAGAACACAAAGUUUCAAGAAACGAAUUCCAAGUGCAAAUUCAUCUGACAAUGGUUGUUUUUCAAGGCCUUUCGGUCACGGUAGCCAACCUAACUUCCAGCGGAGGGCUAUAGGAGAAUCCAGCAAGGCCAUGUUCUCCAGCUCUGGAUCAUCUUCUUCUGAAGAACAGAGUCAUCAGGCUCCUAGCCCUAGGCUUGAUCUCAUCCCACUUGAGAUUGAAAAAGUGCAAACUGUAAUGUAAACCUUGGUAUAUACAUAUAUAUAUAUAUAUAUAACCUACUUUAUGUUCAUAGUUAAAAUGUACUUGAGAAAACUGUUGCCAAAACAUAUGU